ACCUUCGGAAUAGAGCAUGACUAUUGCCCAAACUACUGCCUUAGGUUCAGCUGUAUCUUUUAUUAGGUUGCUCCCCGGCCGGUAAAUCGGUGAAUCACGAUGGCGAACCAUUCCAUCACAAUCACCGCAAUUGAGCUCAGGCUACGUCAAAAUAUGAUCCCAUCAUUUGCAUUUGCACUGCACCGGCCUCCUUAUGGGCUCACAGCCCAUUCAUAAGGGAUAAAAAGGCGGGCGAUGUGUGCAUCGAAGAGCUUGCAGUUCGCUACGUACAUAUUCACGUCGAUUAUUACGUUCUGGAUAUAUGACUAUGCAUGUUCACUUCAUGAAGAGUGGACGUUUUUGCUUCGAUCGCACUGGAGCAAGAUGAAAGGCCUCUAUAUUGUUACACGAUACCUCCCAUUUAUCCUUCUCGCCACGAACCUAUAUCGGAGCUUUACCCCGAAUGAGGCCUCAAGUAGAUGCCGGGAGUUGGACGAUAUUAGCUCAGGUCUUUGCAUAAUAUUAGACAUUUUCUCAGAAUGUAUCUCUCAUUCCCCCGUACUAUGUGUGUGUGUUUCUCAUUCGAUUCAUCCAGUUUUUUUCAUCCUCAGGACGCAUGUGCUCUGGAACAAAAAUAGAAUCUUGCUUGCAACCAUGUUGACCACUUUUUUCACUAUUCUCAUAGCAUCCUUCGCCAUCGCCUUCGCCACUACCGCUCCCGCAGCAUAUACGACUAGUACGAUCCCGGGCAUCACAGGAUGCUAUCAGAGUUCGAACAAUUUCUGGUAUUUCAUGCCAUAUCUUCUCCUUUCCAUGUUCCAACUGGGACUCAUGAUACUCACGCUCAUACGCGCCAUACAGAACUGGCGGAAAAACUCAAGCCGUCUGUUUGUUGUGCUAAUGAACCACAACUUAUCCUAUUAUGCAUGCGGUCUUCUGUUCUCAGUAAUGAACAUAUUCACGUCGCUGUUCCUCCAGUACUCCUACCACAGCGUGUUGUAUGUUUUAUGAUCCUUGCAAUCCUGGCCACGCGCAUGCACCUCCACCUCUGGCAUACGAACCGACAUGCACACGGCUCUGGCGCCGUCACGAGUAUUCCAAUGACCGACGUGCCACCCAUACAUUCCAC